GACGGCGACGGGGUGGGCGGGGUUUCUCUGGGAGGAAAGCGCGCGACGGGGGCAAAUCGGCGACCCAGACGUCAUUAGACUCCCGCCUUCUUUUUUCCGCCCGGAAGUAGGGCGAGUUCGGAGGCUCCGAGCGGUUGUCAUAGAGACGGGGCGAAGAUGACGGUCCACAACUUGUACCUCUUCGACCGCAAUGGUGUCUGCCUUCACUAUAGCGAGUGGAAUCGGAAGAAGCAAGCUGGCAUUUCCAAAGAGGAGGAGUACAAGCUGAUGUACGGCAUGCUCUUUUCCAUUCGCUCUUUCGUCAGCAAGAUGAGCCCGCUGGAUAUGAAAGACGGCUUCCUCUCCUUCCAGACGAGCAAAUACAAGCUCCACUAUUACGAGACUCCCACUGGCCUCAAGGUGGUGAUGAACACAGACUUAGGGGUGGGCAACAUCCGGGACGUGCUGCACCAGAUCUACAGCUACAUCUACGUGGAGUACGUGGUCAAGAACCCCCUGUGCGGCUUGAGCGAGCCCAUCCAGAGCGAGCUCUUCUGCAGCAAGCUGGACACCUUCGUCCGCAGCCUGCCGUUUUUCUCCGCUCGGGCCGGCUGAGGCUUUCGCCCUUUGCGUUCUGAGGACUGCGUUUCCCAUUAUGCCUGUGGGCUGUUGACUGACGGUGAGCGGGGGCAGUUUCUCUAAGGGACGAUGCGGCAUUUGAACGGCGUCUCCUCCACUUGCUGCCUGGGUAAGAAGUCGCAGUUGGAUAAAUUUCAGCGGGAGUCAACUCGUGUUUUUCUCUCCCACCUCAAGACGCUCCAGAGCUCCCCAAGUGGAUUUUGUUUUUUUUGGCUCAGUAUCUAUUGUCUUUGUGACCCCCGACAGCCAUUCUGUCAUUUGCUGGGCUGCUUCUCCCCUUCUUACCCACCGUCCUUUGCCAGCCAGACUUGUUUCUUUGUAUUUCUAGAGGUUUUCUGCCUUUCCGCUUUCCCUCUCCCCCCCCCGCCCCAAACCGGGAAAGAAACCCCUUCUAUUUAUAGCCAGCUCCUUCUGUUUUUCCAGUUCACUGCUCAGCCAGCGUGGCCGCAACAUCUUCACGCCCCUGGGGGCUACGUGGACACAAAGAAAUGCAGCAGCCGCAGGCCGACGGAUUUCACAAAAAGUUGGAUUAGCAGUUGGAUGCCUAAUUUCCACUACCGGGUAGGGGCUCCAGAAGUCUGAAAACAAUCCACACCUUCCCCCCACCCCAACUUUAAUUUAAGGCUUGCUUGAAUUAAAGAGCAGCGUUGCAUC